CGCGUUGGCCUGGACGUGGCACCGAGGAGGAGCUGCCCCACCAGUCCCCCGCAGCCGCUCGAACCGAACCUCUGAAAUGGGUCUGACCAUCUCGUCGCUGUUCUCCAGGCUGUUCGGGAAGAAGCAGAUGCGGAUCCUGAUGGUGGGUCUGGACGCGGCCGGGAAGACCACCAUCCUGUACAAACUCAAGCUGGGGGAGAUCGUCACCACCAUCCCGACCAUCGGUUUCAACGUGGAGACGGUGGAGUACAAGAACAUCUGCUUCACGGUGUGGGACGUGGGCGGCCAGGACAAGAUCCGACCUCUGUGGAGACACUACUUCCAGAACACGCAGGGCCUGAUCUUCGUGGUGGACAGCAACGACAGAGAGCGAGUCGCCGAGUCAGCGGAAGAGCUCUCAAAGAUGAUCCAAGAGGACGAGCUAAAAGAGGCGGUGCUUCUGGUUUUUGCAAACAAACAAGAUCUUCCCAAUGCCAUGGGGGUCAGUGAACUCACCGACAAACUGGGCCUGCACAGCCUGCGUAGCAGAACUUGGCACGUCCAGGCCACCUGUGCCACUCAGGGGACCGGUCUGUACGAGGGGCUGGACUGGCUGUCCAAUGAGCUGUCGAAACGUUAAUCAGCUGAUGAUGUCAUGGUGUACAGAGGAAGAGGAGGAGCCUUUCGCCAGACUGUUCCUGGUUUUGUUUGUUUUUUAAAUUAUAGCUGUAGGAGGAAGUGAUGUCACAGACUGUGAGGUUUCCCAUCAUCCUCUUCUUCUGCUGGUGUUUGUUCUUUUCCGCGCAUGUUUAACUCCAGAUCAUGUGACCGGAGGUUGUGGGGGAGGGGGGCAGUAUCAGUCAUUCCACCGCCGGACCGGCGCCGUCAUUCCUACCUAAUGUGAAGAAGAGACGAGGAAGAUGACGCAAUAAAGCUUUUCUUGUCACGCUGGUGGGCUCUGUUCUGGACCAGAACCUUCAGGUUCUGGACCAGACCGGUUUAAGGAGCAGACAAACUUCAGGUUUUCAGACUUUUAUUUGAAUCUUUUUUGCUCGUUUUGAAAACAUUAAAACUUUAUUUAAACAAUGAA